GGAGAGGUUCUCAACUCAAAGGUUUUAGUCGCACAGUAACUAACAGUUGUAACGGUCGCGAGUAUUCACAAAGCAGGUUUGAAAAUCUCCCAAUAUGAGAGAUAACGCUGGUCGCCUUUGGGGCAAAUUUGGCAAUGGUGAACAUGAAGUGAGAAGUUUGACUAGAGCUGAUCUUGAGGAAGCUUUGCAAGUACUUGAUAAAUCGUUCUUUUUGUAUGAAAACGUUUGCAAAGCCUGCCAAAUCGACCUGCCCGAAAAUGCGCAAGCACGGAAUGAACUUCGCGAAUUGUGUCGCAUAGCUGCAGAGGAUGGGGUCUCUUUGGUGGCAAAAGAUGUAAAGAGUGGACAAAUAAUGGGUGUGUCAUUCAACAAAAUACAGUACAUCCCACCAAAUGGCCAGGAUCCCUUCUUUAUCGAAUUCCGCAAUAAGCGUACACAUUCUCCGCAAGCUCAAUGCCUUAUGGAUUUUAUGAUUGAAAUUGAUUCGGCGACGGACGUCUUUGAUUUAUACAAAAUUGAUUCAUUAAUGGAAUUAAUGUUCCUAGCCACAUUACCGGAAUGGCAGCGUCGCGGUGUGGCAACCGAAUUAACGCGUUACACCAUUCAGUUGACGCGCGAGCUAUCCGAGGGCGUUGGCGUGGAAGAAGUGCAUCCGCAGUUGCGUGCUAUGCGUCCCAAGGCGGUAACCGCAAUUUUCACGUCGGUGUACUCGCAGAAAGCAGGCCAUUCACAAGGCUUCAAAGUGAUCAAUAGUGUGCCCUUCACAAAUUUCUCGUUCAAUGGAAAGACAUUUGAUCAGCGCAUAGAUCCCAUGCACAAAACUUCAGAGCACGCUGUGUACUUGUUGUAGAGGAAGUAACUUUAUUGAAAUGUGUGAAUUAUAUCAGUACAAGCGCCACUAAGAGGCUUGUUGCAAACAAUUAUCAAUUAGCGCUUAGUUAACUAAAUUUAGAAAAAAACAUUUUCCCGGAAUCAACUAAAAAUUUACUAUAAAUACUUUGAGAAAUAAAGCAAAUUAAAAUCGGUUCAUUAUUGCUUAUGAA